UGAAUUUGUUUUUUUGUUUUUUUUCUGUUCUUGUAGAAUUUGUAUUAAAUUCCUUUUCAGUCAGUCUGGCACAUGACUGGCAGACACUAAUAGUCAUUUGGCAUCAAUUUAGCUUGAUUUUGACUCAGAUCACAUAUUUUAGAUUGUGUAAGACUAAUGCAGACUAACUCGUAGAGGACCCCACUAACUGGAUACCCCUCUUGAGGGGUAAACUGUGAAAUUAGUAGACUUAUACAAAAAGCCUACCUUCUCUGAUCUUUAUUUAUUAUGUUUGAUUACUAUGUUAUCUUUAUUUAUUAUUUAUUAUGUUUGAUUUGUUCUUAGAGCUGAACUAUGGUGAGAAAGGAGACCCUUGACACUUUACCGGAUCUUGUGGACUCUGGGUUUGGGCGGCCGCCCCCCCGACACGGACUCAACCUCCUGUACUGGUUUGUGACCCAAUGUUUGCAAUUCGGCUACAACCAGAUAACCGUUCUCUGCACUCCGUCUACAGGAGUCUACGGCUUCAGACUUUUCCAUAAUAAAGAAAAGAUUCUUCCUGUUACCAACCUGCCCUACUAUGAAGUUGGCAACCUGCACCAUUAUGAAGCCAAAGACCUGCCUGAUUAUGUGAGGAGAGAAUACACCGGUAACCUAGACGACAGCAACACCGACCGUAUCAUCAUCUACAUCAACGGCUCAAGACUGGAGAACCUCUACAUCACACGACACAAAAACCAGUGGACCUUCAACCCAAACCAAACCUUCUGCAUCAGUCCAGAACUACUGAAAACCAUCAGGAGCCUGACACGAGAAGAUUUCCUCAGACAAACAACCUCCCGUUACAUCACCAUUCCUGAGAGCCCCAGAGAGACAUCUACCAUGCAGGACUACCAGCUUCCACCAAUCUCUGCUGAGGAAUGCUGUGGAAUGUGCUGCAGUUGUCUUUUUAUUCUGUUUAUAAUUACUGUGUUUGUUUUUAUCCUCUACUCCUAUCUCUUUAAAUAGUAUAACAUUAGAAGCCUUAUCUGUUAGUUAUACUGAUUUAACUCUGUUAUCUAAACAUAGCUGUUACCACCCACGAGGGCUCCACCUACUGUCUGUUUAGGAAAAAAAACUAAACAAAAACUAUUGCAUUCCUAUUUAAAUAAAAUCAUUUUAUAUCCCCAAAAAUAAUAUAAAGCUCUGAAAAGGACCAAUCCAGUUUCUUAAUCAGUUUCUCUGAUUUUACUAUUUAUAGCUAAAUGUUUGAGUAAAAUAUUAUUGUUUUAUUCUAUAAACUACAGACAACAUUUCUCUCAAAUUCCAAAUUCAAAUAUUGUCAUUAAGGGCAUUUAUUUGCGGAAAUUUAGAAGUGGCUGAAAUAAAAGAUGCAGAGCUUUCAGACCUCAAAUAAUGCAAAGAAAACAAGUUCAUAUUCAUAAAGUUUUAAGAGUUCAGAAAUCAAUAUUUGGUGGAAUAACCCUGGUUUUUAAUCACAGUUUUAUGCAUCUUGGCAUCAUGUUCUCCUCCACCAGUCUUACACACUGCUUUUGGAUAACUUUAUGCUGCUUUACUCCUGGUGCAAAAAUUCAAGCAGUUCAGUUUGGUUUGAUGGCUUGUGAUCAUACAUCUUCCUCUUGAUUAUAUUCCAGACGUUUUUAAUCUGGUAAAAUCAAAGAGACUCAUCAUCUUUAAGUGGUCUCUUUUUUUCAGGAGCUGUAUAUAAAUAACUUAAAACAUUACUGAUGCUCAAUCUCCAGACCUCAACCCCAUUGGAUUCCCAUCUCGAAUAUAAUCAAGAGGAAGAUGGAUGAGCAUAAGCCAUCAAACCAAACUGAACUGCUUGAAUUGUUGCAUCAGGAGUGGCAUAAAGUUAUCCAAAAGCAGUGUGUAAGACUGGUGGAGGAGAACAUGAUGCCAAGAUGCAUGAAAGCUGUGAUUAAAAACCAGGGUUAUUCCACCUAGUAUGAACUUGUUUUUCUUUAGAUUAUUUUGACCAUUACUCCAACAAAAUGCUCUAAAUGACUAUAUAUUUUUAUUUGAAAUUUGCAAGAAAUGUUGUCCAUAGUUUAUAGAAUCAUGCAAUGUUACAUUUUACUCAAACUUAGUAAAAUCAGAGAAACUGAACAUUUUGAACUUUUUUUUUGGAGCUGUAGAUUUAUGGAUAGAGAUAUAGAUUUUUAGAUAGAGUGUGAUCCUCCAGGAUGACAGUGAUAUAAAAAUAGUGGGUGCACAUGUUCUGAAGUCUUUAAUAAGGUCAGGUUGGCACGCCGGGCCAUAGGGACGCACUACAUCGAGUGCUGAAUGUUUGCCUUGGCAAGACCAAGGCUAGAUUUCUCACUGACGCAUUCUAGAACAUGAUGUCCAAUCAGCAGCCUGUCCAGUCCACAGCCCGUCCAAUAAUUCAUAACGCAUCCAGAACAUGUGACAUCCUGUCCUGUACAACUCCCAUUCAAUCCCAGCUUAUUUUAAAGUGAGUCCUACCUUUACUCUUCUGAACAUGAUCAAAGACAUGCUGGUGGGGUUAGGUUUGGAUGUUGGAUGGUGGUUUAGAUUGGUUUGGACUUAGUGCCCUAUCGUAGACCCUGCACAGGGCGUGUCGUGAUGCUCAUCGCUAUCUUACACCCUGUCAACCCUGUCAACAGUCCAUUUUCAUGUCUUGCGCCAAACCGUUCAAAUAGCGUUGAAGUUUAGGAAUAUAUUUACACCAAUGGGCAUGUUUCUAUCUUGGGGGCUGUAGAUACAAGUGCACCACUGACUGAUUAAAACCCUGACAACAGUAAAUAGUCAGUUGCCCAAUCCUAUCUUAGCCAUGCAGGAGUGCCAGUCAGUAUCCUCUGCUUAGACACGCAAAAGCUCUGCACUGUUAAGAUACAAAUGCGCCAAAGUCCGAGAGCACCAGGCUUUUAAAGGGAAUGACAACUGGCACACUGAUUGGUUUAUUUCAUGCUAUGCCCAAAACACACCCAUGGUUAAUUAAGAGAAUUAUGGAUGUUGAGUUUGUACUCCACUUUUUAGGCCAUUCCUCAAAGGUUCUUGUCUCAGAUGUAGAGAAGAAGGAAAAUUAGGUAUUAGGUAGUUGGUAAAAAGCUUUUACUACUAAAGGCGUGAUAGAAAUGAUGGGCUAGACUGAUGUUGUGGUAGUGAUGUGUAUACCAGCGUUGCAAUGCUAAGCAUGCUAAUGCACCAUGACCAUGAAAUAACACAACAUUAGCCAAACUAAUGGUAAAGCAGCCUCUCUUCACUGAAGCUUGGUGGAAAAAGCCAGUCCUUGAGCAGUAAAUGUAAAAUACAGCUCUGGAAAAAAAUAAGAGACCACUUAAAAAUGAUGAGUUUUUUUUAUUUUAUCAAAUUGAAAACCUCUUGAAUAUAAUCAAGAGGAAGAUGGAUGAUCAUAAGCCAUCAAACCAAACUGAACUGCUUGAAUUUUUGCACCAGGA